CUCAUUUGGAAAACGCAGACCUAUGAACAUUAAAAUGUAGCCAGCCGUAGCUUGCUAAAAGAUUCGAUUGGAUCUUUCAAUACUAUAAAAGUAUGGCGUUCUCCAAAAGGGUUUGUAUCUUUUUCUCCUGUGAUCUACUUCUUUUCGCUGCUGCAUUUCCAGAACAGAUUGGUUGUCAAGGAAAUAUAUUUCCUGGCUGCUAAAGUUGCUGCUAAACGAUGGAGAAGGAUGGGUGCAUUAUUAUUUUAAAAGGCACAAACACACACACAAGUAUCAGGUGCAAAAGUCUCUACCUCGGAACUUGUACCAUAAUGAAAAGGAGAAGACGACUCUAAGCCAUCUGAUACUAUGAGAAUCUUGAGUUGGGUGCAAAACAAGUUUCAGGAAAGGCAGGAGAAGAAGAGACUAGAUGCUGUCGUGAAAUCAGCUCAUCUACCUCAUUGUUCUUUACCUGUUGAUCCAAAGGAAGAAUUCAAAGAUUGGCCACAAUCACUACUGGCAAUUGGAACAUUUGGCGACACUGAAAUCAAGGAAGAAUCUCACAGUGGUCAUCACUUCCAAUGUAUAGAAGCUUCACAAGAUUUAUCUGAUUUUGGUGUUGAAGAAUUCAACCAGUUAAAGAAAGAGCUAAAAAAGUUGCUCUCACUCAAGUCAAAAUGCAAGUCAAAAUCCAGCAGCAGCAGUAAUGGAUCAGAGAUCAUGGAAGAGGGCGGAGGAAAUAUGCCAUUAAAUAGAUUUCUGAAUUUCCCAUCGAGAUUGGGGGUCGAUAAGGCAUUGAGUACGAGUCUAGAGCGCUUGGCAAGUGACAACAAUGGUGAUAUCUCCCCGAGUUCAAAGAUGAUCCUUAUUAGCAAAGUGAAAGAUAUGUUGCUGGAAAAUCCUAAAGCACUUAAGAAGAAAUCAGUCUCUUUUAUCAUCAAGAAGAUGUUUGUAUGCAGCAGUGGAUUUGCACCAGCUCCAAGCUUGAGGGAUCCAAUUCCGGAGUCAAGGAUGGAGAAGAUGUUAAGAGCAAUUCUCACCAAGAAGAUACACCAGCAAAGUUCUGCUCCAAUUGCUUCAAAGAAGUGCAUAGAAAAUAAAUCAACAGAGGAAACACAGGCUGGGGAAGAAGGGGAUGAUAAGGGCAAGGACAAGUGUAAAUGGGUCAAGACAGAUUCAGAUUUUAUUGUUCUAGAGAUCUAGGAACCCAGUGAUCAGCAUUUUCAUGGUUCAUGAAGUUUCUCUCCAAUAAAAACACAAGAACACCACGAAGAUCAUAAUAAGAAUGCACAUGUGGAUGGAAGCAUGAAGGGGAUUAUAAAUGCCAUUGUUCAUACUUUUGAGCAAUGGAGUGUCUUGCGCUUCUAAACAUGCAAAGAACGAGAAGAUUGAAUCUUAGUAUGAUGAACAAAAUGCACACUACUUGUAACUUUCCCUUAUUGUUCAUCUUCAUAUUUGCAGAAUUUGAUUUUAUUUAUAAAAAACUUGUGUUUUUUUAUUUGAUGAAUUAUAUACGUCAAAGACAUCGUCAUUAAUAGAAUAUGCACGAUAAAA